AUGCUUUCAAUUCUUCUUGCAGCAGCGCCUCUAGCCUCGCUCGUGUGUGCAUCCUUUGACGGCAACUUGAACUACCACUCGCCUUCUCGCCGGCAUGAGGGUCUUGGUAUAGAUGUGCCUAAGGUCGCAAAGAGGAGCCUUGUGAAACGGGCAACUCCUUGGGAUCCUGCCCAGCUGAGCUUCACGCACGGCGUCGCUUCUGGAGAUCCCUAUCCGGACUCGGUCAUUCUCUGGACACGCAUUGCACCAUCAGUUGAGAACGAUCGGUCGAACGUAACAGUCACGGGUAAUGUAGCGUUCUACAACCAUGAGACGGAGAAGUACAUCAAGGCCUCGCCAAACCCUAUUUGCGUGGACUACCGCGUUGGUACGGAUAGCAAUUUCUCAAGCAUCGCGGAUCAAGGCCAGGCAUACACCACUUCCGACAUCGACUUCACUGUCAAGAUUGAAGCGAAGAACCUUGCUCCAUUCACGCAGUACUACUACCAGUUCAAUGUUUGCGGCAGCUCCAACAAAAGUCCGCUCGGCAGGACCAAGACUAGUCCUCACGAAGACGACGAUGUUUCCAAGAUCGGCCUUGCUAUCUUCUCUUGCUCUAACUGGCAGAACGGAUACUUCAAUGCGUACGGGAACGCGGCCAGGAAAGACCAGGUAGAUUACUUCGUUCAUCUCGGUGACUACAUCUACGAGUCCACCAAAGGCAAACUUGGUCAGGAUCCGCGAGCAACGAACCCAUCAAGAGAGAUUGUCACACUAUAUGACUACCGAACAAGAAUCGGCCAGUACCGUACCGAUGACGACCUGCUUCUUGCACACCAAAACUUUGCAUGGAUUCCAACUUGGGACGAUCAUGAGGUCGCAAACAAUGGAUAUCGCGAUGGUUUCAGCAACAUGAACAACACCGAGCAGAGCUUCCGAAAGUUCGGAGGCGUGAGUGUUGACUCAAGAAAGAUGAAUGCCGUCAGAGCAUACUUCGAGUGGAUGCCUAUUCGCCAGGUUGACAUGGACGACAACCUGCGCAUCUGGCGUAGUUUUAAGAUGGGUAAACUUUUUGACCUGAUCAUGCUCGACACACGCAACUACGACCGAUCCAUCACGACUCUUAAUUGGAACGACGACUACGUUGCAGACCUCAAAGAUGAUGCUGGCCGCUCGCUAAUGGGCAGCCUCCAGGAAAACUGGUUCUACAACCAGCUUUCCAAAUCGCAUGAGCGAGGGGCUACUUGGAGAAUCAUCGGAAACCAAAUCAUCUUCUCUCGGAUGAACAAUAGCGCUGUGUACGACGAAGAGCUGAACGCUGACCAGUGGGAUGGGUACACUGCGAACCGCAACCGUACUCUUCAUCAUCUUUACAGCAACGAGAUUCCGAACACCGCCUUCUUGGCUGGAGAUUCUCAUGCUAACUGGGUGUCUGAUCUUGUUUGGCUUGACGAGACUCCAUACGACCAAUCUACGGGUGCUGGCGCUAUCGGUGUCGAAUUUGCCGGCACCGCCGUCUCCUCCAGUGGUUAUGGCGCUGGUAGAUCUAUUGCAAAUUCGAGCGAUCGUUCUGCAGCCCUCGUACGCGACAAUCGCGAGCUUCAAUGGUCCGAGGGUUACUACAGAGGAUACUACGAGUUAUUCAUCUCACCUGAGGAGCUCAACGCACAGUAUUAUGGCUCUCCAUCUGUGGCAUCUCGAAAUUCUUUCGACAUUAGCCUUGCAAACUUCACGGUCAAAGCUGGUGCCAAUCACCUGGAAAGAACCAACGGAACUGUCGUCGCUACUGGCGGUCACGUUGAGAGUGGCGCGCUUCAACGCGGAGCCACCACCCCCACAAAUUUGACGCUUAAUACCCUCACUGGGACGUGGAAUGUCACUGGCUUCGAACAGAUGUUCAUUACAUACGCGUAA